UUUGUAAGAAUCCAUUUUGAUUGUUUAAAGUUUUUGUUUUUCUUUUUGUUUUCAAACAAUUAAUAAUCAGUGGUACAAUAUGAUUCUCAAAUUAAUAAUUUUUUCUAUUUUUUUUAUCCUUGUUGAUUCUAUUCGUUUCCACCUUGAGCCUAAUACAAGAAGAUGCCUUAAGGAGGAGAUGAGGAAAGAUGUCUUGGUAUCUGGAGAGUAUGAUCUUUCUGAAGGUGUCGGUGUCCGAACUGAUCUUCAAGUAUUGGAUAGUAAAGGGCACACAGCUCUUAAUAGAGAAUCAAUUGACAAAGGAAAGUUUGUCAUAACUGCUGAUGAGGAUGAUAUUUACGAUAUUUGCUUCGUCUCUUACCUUACUCCUGGACAUCAAGUUGGCCCAAGAGAAGUACAUCUGGAAAUGAAACAUGGGGUUGAAGCAAAAAGCUAUGAUGAGCUUGCACACAUUGGUAAACUCAAACCUCUUGAAAUGGAGUUGACCAAAUUGGAAGAUUUAUCGGCCUCCAUUGUAUCAGAUUUUGAACACAUGAAAAAACGUGAAGAAGAGAUGAGAGACACCAAUGAAUCAACUAAUACCCGAGUUUUAUAUCUAAGUAUUUUCUCAAUGUUCUGUUUAUUGGGUUUGGCUUCUUGGCAAGUUUUGUAUCUUAAAAAAUUCUUCAAAACUAAAAAAUUAAUCGAAUAGUUUAGAGUUAGUCAAUUGGUAUAUAUAAAGAAAACAAAUUCAAUUUAAAUAAAGCAUUUCAAUUGGU